ACUGAACCCGGUUUAUCAAGAAAUCAAAACAAUUAUUGAAACCCUUUUUUUUUAUUUUUAUUUUUUAUUACAAUUAUUGAAACCCUAACAACACCUAUAAACACCCUCACAUUACAAAACCCAAAUUCCCAAAAGGCGCCAAAAACACACACACACACACACACUGAGAGAGUGAAUUAAGUGUGUUGUUUUUUGGUGAAAAAAAAAUAAAAAAAAUAAAAAUGGAUUUGGAUCAAGAAUGGCUUAUCAACUGCUUAAAUGCAACACUUGACCCAAAUCAACAAGUUCGUUCUUUUGCUGAAACUUCACUUCAACAAGCCACACUUCAACCUGGUUUUGGAAGCGCAUUGUGUAGAAUUGCGGCAAGGAGAGAUCUACCUUUGGGAUUACGUCAGCUAGCUGCUGUUAUUCUAAAGCAAUUUAUAAAGAAGCACUGGCAGGAGGAUGAGGAGGGUUUUGAGCAUCCUGUUGUUUCAAGUGAUGAAAAGGUUGCUAUACGUGGCCUGCUGUUGCCAUUGCUCGAUGAUCCUCAUAGAAAGAUCUGCACAGCCAUUGGUAUGGGUGUGGCAUCUAUUGCCCAUUACGAUUGGCCAGAAGAGUGGCCUGAUCUUUUACCGUCACUAAUGAAGUGUAUCACUGACCAAACAAAUAUGAAUGCUGUUCACGGAGCUUUAAGGUGCUUUGCUCUUGUAUCGGCGGAUUUGGACGAUAAGAUGGUUCCGAAACUUGUUCCUGUUUUGUUUCCUUGCUUGCACACAAUUGUAUCAUCACCUCAGAUUUAUGAGAAACCUUUGCGCAUGAAGGCUCUUUCAAUUGUUUAUGCUUGCACCUCGAUGCUAGGGGCUAUGAGCGGCGUGUAUAAGACGGAGACAAAUGCAAUGAUGUCACCUAUGCUUCAAUCUUGGAUCAACCAAUUCUCUUCUAUUCUAGAACAUCCAGUGCCAUCGGAAGACCCUGAUGAUUGGAGCAUCCGGAUGGAGGUUAUAAAAUGCUUGAAUCAGUUCCUCCAGAACUUCCCGAGCCUUAUGGAAAGUCAAUUUAGUGUUUUUAUGGGGCCAUUGUGGCAGACAUUUGUAUCAUCUCUAGGAGUAUAUACACGAUCAUCAAUCGAAGGAAUAGAAGAUCCUUAUGAUGGGCGAUAUGAUUCUGAUGGUGCGGAGCAAAGUCUUGAAUCAUUCAUCAUCCAGUUGUUUGAGUUUCUAUUGACUAUUUUGGGCAGCCCCAAAUUUGUAAAGGUAGUCGGGAACAAUGUAAAGGAGUUGGUUUACUACACGAUUGCCUUUCUGCAGACAACAGAACAACAGGUUCAUAACUGGUCUGUUGAUGCCAAUCAAUAUGUUGCUGAUGAGGAUGAUAAUACUUACAGUUGUCGUGCUUCUGGUGCCCUUUUGUUGGAAGAAGUCAUUAGUUCUUGUGGUACACAAGGAAUUCAUGCUAUCAUUGACUCUGCGAAGACGCGAUUUAGGGAGUCUCAGCAAGAAAAAGUAUCUGGUGCUUCAGGCUGGUGGAGAAUGAGGGAGGCCACACUUUUCGCUUUGGCUUCAGUGUCUGAACAGUUACUUGAAGCUGAGGUCCCUGAAAUCACUAAAAAUUUAGGAAAUACCUUAGAGCAAAUUCUUUCGGAAGACAUGUCAACAGGGGUAAAUGAAUAUCCCUUCUUAUACGCGCGUAUAUUCUCUUCCAUUGCUAAGUUCUCCUCCAUGGUCAGCCAGAGUCUAAUCGAGCACUUCCUGUAUGCAGCCAUCAAAGCACUUGGCAUGGAUAUGCCUCCACCUGUAAAAGUAGGGGCAUGUAGAGCACUUUCUCAACUUUUACCUGAUACAAAUAAAGACAUUCUCCGUCCUCAUUUCUUGGAUAUAUUUUCAUCGCUCACAGAUCUUCUUAAGCAUGCUUCUGAUGAGACCAUGCAUCUAGUGCUUGAGACACUACAGGAGGCUGUAAAAGCAGGCCCUGAGUUGGCAGUGUCUACUGAGCCAGUUCUCUCUCCCAUUAUCCUCAAUAUGUGGGCUUCGAAUGUUGCAGAUCCUUUUGUCAGCAUUGAUGCUCUUGAGGUUCUGGAGGCAAUAAAAAAUGCUCCUGGUUGUAUACACCCACUGGUUUCUCGAGUUAUACCUUAUAUUGGGCCCAUUCUAAAUAAUCCACAACAGCAGCCAGAGGGCUUAGUUGCUGGUUCACUAGAUCUCGUGACAAUGUUGCUGAAGAAUGCCCCAAUUGAAAUUGUAAAGGCGGUGUAUGAAGUCUCUUUUGAUCCUGUUGUUCGUAUAGUCCUUCAAAGUGAUGAUCAUGGUGAAAUGCAGAAUGCAACACAGUGCUUAGCUGCUCUUAUAUCUGUGGCGAAAGAAGAAUUGCUUGCUUGGGGUGGUGAUACUGCAUUUGCGAUGAGAAGUUUGCUUGAUGUGGCUUCAAGGCUUUUGGACCCUGAUCUAGAGAGUUCUGGAGCACUUUUUGUUGGGAGCUAUAUCCUUCAACUUAUCCUGCAUCUCCCUUCACAGAUGGCCCAACAUAUCAGAGACCUGGUUGCUGCUCUUGUGAGGCGCAUGCAAUCUUGUAAAACUUCUGGGUUAAGAAGCUCGUUGUUGGUUAUAUUUGCCAGAUUGGUCCACAUGAGUGCUCCUCACGUUGAACAAUUUAUCGAGUUGUUAGUCUCAAUCCUAGUAGAAGGUCAUCCUAACUCCUUCACGUACUUAAUGAUUGAGUGGACAAAGCAGCAAGGGGAAAUUCAGGGGGCGUACCAAAUCAAAGUUACCACUACAGCUUUGGCUUUACUUCUAUCUACAAAGCAUGUUGAAUUGGGGAAACUGAAUGUUCAAGGCUAUCUAAUUCAGUCUACUGCAGGGAUAACUACACGCUCAAAAGCUAAAACAGCUCCAGAUCAAUGGACGUUGAUGCCUCUUCCUGCAAAGAUACUUGCUUUAUUAGCGGACGCCUUGAUCGAAAUUCAAGAGCAAGUUUUAGUUGGCGGCGAUGAGGAUAGUGAUUGGGAGGAAGUUCAAGAAGGAGACGUUGAGACGGAUGAAUCUUUAAUUUUAUCAAGCAGUGCCAUACCCCGUGGUAGACCAUCCCAUGAUUACCUUGACGCAAUGGCCAAAGCUUUCGACGAGGACCAGGAUGAUGGAGAUGAUGAUGACCUUCUUAGUGGUGCCGACCCCCUUAAUGAGAUAAAUCUGGUGAAUUAUCUAGUAGAUUUUCUCAAGAAAUUCUCUCAUAGUGACGGAGCAAUUUUCAGUCAUCUUUUACAGAGUUUAACGAAAGCUCAACAAGAUGCUAUUCAAAUGGUGCUGAAGCAAUGAGGAUUCUUUUGUUGUACAAAAGGUGAGGACAAUGUUAAUUGUGAAAGUAUCUGGUUUUAGCCUAAGAUGUUUUUGUCCCAUCAAUUUGGUUCUUGGUGAGUGCUAUGAGUUUGUUUGUAAAGCGAAGUUUUAUAUAAAAGAAAAUUGUUUUCCUUUAAUUAAAACGUGUGUAAUUUAAGGUAAUAACUUAUAUUCAUUUGUGGCAUUUGUAAAAUUACAUGAUGUGUGUCAUUCAUUUAUUGGAAAAAGCAUUUUCCUAGCUUCAAA